AGCUGAAUAUUAUCUGAUGGGACGCUCUGCAGAGCCAAUGAACUGCGCUCUGUGCUGGUUUACUGCAGGCGAGGGAGUGUUUGUGUGAACAAGGCUGGAUGAAGGGCAACAUAUCAGAUCAUACCAGCCUAGAGAAGACCUCCUCCGCUCUCCAGACACCAUGAGGUUUCUGCUGCUCUUGGCUUCGGUGACCAUUGCUCAAGCUUUAGUGCAUGUCCCCCUGAUCAGAAGUAAGUCCCUGAGGAGGACUCUACAAGAACAUGGACGUCUGGGAGAAGUUCUGUCACAGGAUAUCUACAGUAAAUACGCCCCCGAGGAUCAGGAAGCCGUGACGGAGCCGCUAGUCAACUACAUGGACAAUGAAUACUUUGGACUCAUCUCCAUCGGCUCCCCCCCACAGGAUUUCUCUGUGGUGUUUGAUACAGGGUCGGCCAAUUUAUGGGUGCCUUCAGUGUCCUGCUCCAGUAUGGCCUGCUCAAAUCACCAUAGAUUUAACCCUCGCCUUUCCUCCACUUUCCAAUCCACUGAUGAGACCGUCUCUAUCUCUUAUGGGACAGGAAGCAUGAAGGGAGUUCUGGCCUAUGAUAACGUGCAGGUGGGGAGUCUUGUGGUCACAAAGCAAGGUCUGAUCAUCAGCGAGACGGAGUCCUUCUUCCUCUACUAUUCACAUUUUGAUGGUAUCUUGGGUUUGGGGUACCCCAUCCUAUCUGUGUCUGGAACAGCCCCGGUAUUUGACAACAUGUGGAGCGAAGGGUUGAUACCAGAGGACAUCUUCUCCGUAUAUCUCAGCAGGGAGAAGAGCAGUGUGGUGGUUUUCGGUGGAGUUGAUGACUCUCUUUACUCCGGAAGUCUUCACUGGGUUCCUGUCACACAUGAGAGGUUUUGGCAGAUCACUAUAAACAGCGUCACCCUCAAUGGUCAGGUCCUUGCUUGUGCAGAUGGAUGCCAGGCAAUCGUAGACACUGGAACCUCGGUUAUUGCUGGACACCCAGAGGCAAUAAGAAGGAUUCAAGAAGCCAUUGGUGCAAAGGCGGACAUCUAUGGACUGUACCACGUGACCUGUGACCACGUCAGUUCCCUGCCGGACAUGACAAUAACCAUCAAUGGGAUGACAUACUCUGUACCAGCGGCAGCAUAUAUUAACCAGUUCUCCGGAUCAUGCAGCAGUGGCUUCCAGAACACCUCCGGCCCUUGGAUUCUUGGAGACAUCUUCAUCCGUGAAUACUUUGUGGCUUUUGACCGCAGCAGUAACAGAGUUGGAUUUGCCCAAGCUGUGAAAUCCUAGGUCAUGUCCAUCAUGUGUGGUAGAUCAUGCGUGUAUACAAGAUGGUGUCACAUGUGAGCUUGUAAUAAACAUAUAGCAUGUCUAUGUA